CGUUACACAACGAGGUUGUGCCUGAUUAUUCUCGGUACAUUCGCACACAUGUCGAAGUUUUGCUUUCUGUCGGCUUAAAAAAUGCCAUAUAAGUUCGACUGCCUAAACUUUGUAUAAGUGCCUUUCUAAUGAAGCUUUUUGGCGACACGUUACAUUUGCGUGAAAAGAAGAGACUAUCUUUGAAAGGAAAACAAUGCUCCCUUUCAUCAAUCAAUCCUUUUAUAAACUGAAGCUAAAUGAACGACCGAAAUGACGUCCUGAAAGACGAAUGUGUGCGUGCGGGUGCGUGUCCGUUUGUCUCUAGUGCGUGAAAAGCUCUGAGAACUUAAGCUGCCAUGAAGACGGGAGCGUGAUAAUGACAACGGUCGGAAUGGGCACUAUCGGACCAUCAACGUACGCCGUGUUUUUGCUAUUUGUCGUCCUCUCGCUUUCCACCACAACAUCCAGUUUAGAAUUGGUAACAUGCACGGCGGCCCUUGGGAUGGAAUCAGGUGCAAUCAAAGAUUCGGCCGUUACAGCAAGCUCAGCGUACGAUGCUGGUAGUGUGGGACCUCAACACGGAAGAUUACGCAACGAUAAAAACGGCGGCGCAUGGUGUCCUCGUCAGAUGGUAUCGCGUGACGCCAAAGAAUAUUUAGAAAUUAAUUUGGAGGAGCUGCACGUGAUUAAUGGUGUGCGAACGCAGGGACGUUUCGGGAACGGGCAGGGUCAAGAGUAUGCCGAGGAGUACAUGGUGGAAUACUGGAGGCCGGGGUUCGCGAGCUGGUAUAGGUGGAAGAAUAGAUCGGGAAAGGAGUUGCUGCCCGGAAAUACAAACACGUUCACCGUAGUUGAUCAAAGAUUAGAUCCGCCUGUUGUUGCAACAAAAAUUCGAUUACUUCCAUAUAGCGAUCACGUUCGAACUGUCUGCAUGCGAGUCGAACUUGUCGGAUGUGUCUGGACCGAUGGCCUGUUGAGUUAUUCCGGACCGCAGGGGUUGCACAGAGGUCUCGAGCUAGACCUCUCUGAUAGGACAUACGAUGGACGGGAGGAAAAUGGAUAUUUAUUUCACGGUCUUGGACAGCUUGUCGACGGCCAAAAAGGACAAGAUAAUUUCCGUCUCGACCUUUCAGGGCACGGAAAAGGAUACGAAUGGGUAGGGUGGCGUAACGAUACACCCGGUUGGGCCGGUCAUCCAUUGGAAAUGUUAUUUGAGUUUGACAAAGUCAGAAACUUUUCAGCUGUGCAUCUACAUACAAAUAACCUAUUUACAAAAGAUGUGCAGGUAUUUUCGCACGCUAAAGCGUACUUUAGCAUUAGCGAUAAUGUAUUUAACGGAGAACCUGUACACUUUUCGUACAUGCCCGAUUUAGUUCUUGAUCAUGCACGUAACGUUACUAUUAAGCUUCAUCACCGCAUUGGACGUUUCCUAAAACUCCAGCUUUACUUCGCCGCUCAAUGGAUUUUGCUCAGUGAGAUUUCGUUUCACUCCGCAGCACAGCAGCAAGAUCACGAUCUCAUUCCAGCAGUGGUGAGUGGAAAUUUUACAGAAUGGGAGGAAGACGUCGAGAUUCCCGAUACGGGUAGAGAAUAUCCACUGCAAAAAGACGAAGUGGAAGUUACAUCUACCAAAACUGGCCGUAAUACUGCCGGAGCACCCAUAAAAACGGAUUCGAACGAGGACUCGAAGCAAUAUAUUGGUUUUGUUAUUGGUGUACUCGCCGUAGUUAUAUUGAUACUUACGGCAGCUAUUGUUUUCAUAGUCUACAGAAAUCAUAGACUGAAGCAAGUUACGGCGGAACCGAGCAAUUUUAACGUGGAAAAUCGAAUGGACUGCGAACUGAAGAUGGACAUGAACGACGAUGAAAUUGAUAAAUCAAUUGAGCGCGAGGAACCGAUUCGUGCCAGUGCAUACGGCGCCCACCUUAGUCCAAUGUAUACAGAUGUUCCAGACAUCGUCCGCAAAAACUGCAACUUAGAGGACUACGUGAUCGCUCCACUAAAUGCGAAAUCGCCCUCGCUGAGGAGCCCUCAAUCUUUGUUGAACUUCUUCCCUCAACCGCCUCCGAUUCCUCCACCGCCCGAAAUGUACUCGGCAAAUCCAAAAAUCUACCUACCCCUCGAAGGUCACAAACCAAUUCCAUCCGCGCCAUUACUAACGCCCACAUCUCAAAGGUCAUCAGAUAGCAGAUCGAGUCGCCGCUUCAUAUUGCCCCAGAGCAUGGAGAAGGACGAUUUUUCGGCCGUACGCGAGGAGGACAUCGACAUUGUAGAGUUCCCGCGGGAGCAACUGCGUGUAAUAGAAAAACUAGGCGACGGACUCUUCGGCGAGGUACACCUGUGCGAAGUGCAGUGGCAUUUAAAUAAUGUGAUUAACAGUGAUUGUAAGUUCGUCAUGAUACAGUCCUUAAAGGACGACUCGUAUCGAACGUCAUUUAACAAAGAAGUGCGUGUACUGUCGAAACUUAAAGACCCUAAUGUUGCUCAAUUGUUAGGUGCAUGCUUAGAUUACGAACCCUACUUUUCAGUUAGAGAACAUUCAGAAUUGGGUGAUUUAUGUCAAUUUCUACAGGACCAUGUUGCUGAAACUGCAACACCGUUAGCGUCAGCUGCAAGUACACUGAGCUACGGGUGUCUUAUCUACAUGGCGACGCAAAUUGCAUCAGGCAUGAAAUAUUUAGAGUCCAUGAGAUUUGUACACAAAGAUCUGGCUACUAGGAAUUGCAUAGUAGGAAAACAGUAUAGGAUAAAAGUCUCAGACUUGGGUUACGGGAGGACUUUGUAUAUCAACGACUACUGCAUCAUUGCUGAAUCAAGACCGCUUCCGUUAAGGUGGAUGGCGUGGGAAAGCAUCUUGCUGGGCAAGUACACAUCGAAAAGUGACGUGUGGUCCUUCGCCGUCACGCUCUGGGAAAUUCUAUCCUUCGCACGGGAGCAGCCCUUUGAAGAGUUCAACGACUCCAAGGUGCUGGAAAACGUAACCUGCUACUAUCAAGAUAAUGGACGGCAUAUUUUAUUAAGCGUCCCGAUCAACUGCCCGAAGGAGAUCUACGACCUGAUGUGCGAGUGCUGGCAGAGGAACGAAUCGGACAGGCCAACGUUCCGAGAGAUACACCUCUUUUUGCAGAGGAAAAACUUGGGAUACCAUCCCGAAUUGAACUGACGGUGGCUUUUCUUUCUACCAACGACAAUAAUGUAGAAUAUGUGAUAUAACUUUAAUUUGCAAUUCUAAAUUUGUUUUUUACUUAAGUGUACCUUAACGGCGAACGCCCCUCUAGAAGCUACCUACAAUCUUUCGAAAUUAGGUCCUGACAGCACACUUCUUUCAGUUAAGGUACGUAAGUGCCAGUCUGUGUGCCUUCUAUCCUUGCUGCUAACUUGCUUCCUACAAGUGCAUUAAAUUAAUACGCCUCUCGUCAGCUUCCGAUUCCAAAAGUUAAUAAUGUAGAUGUUAAUCUUGUUAUUGGUGUUGGAUUGUAAACAAUACUUUAUCCAUAUAGAAGCCAAUCAUUUUCAAAGCUACGAAUAUCGUUAAAUAUAUAAUGUAAGAAAAUGCUACUCGGCGCUUUCAAUAAAAUUUACGUAAAAUUAUGUACCAAGCAAAUUAUAUACAAAGAAAGCAAUCAUAUCGGUUAAAUAAAUCAAAACCUCUAAUCUUUGUAAAUAUAACAUUACACGUAAGGUAUGUAAUUUGUCUUUUGUACAUUAACAUUGUUAUUAUUCUUACUAUGGACCAAUUUAAAAUAAAAUCGUAAAAAUCGU